AUGUGGUCUGUCUCCACAAAUGGAACAUUGAAGCUCGAAAAAGCAACAAAAAAUGACUCUGGAGAGUACAGCAUGGAAACACACAGUUCUACUGAAGGUGUGUUAUUGCACAGAGUUAACAUCCAUCUACAUAUACUCGCUCCUGUGUCAGAACCAGCUGUUACGCAGAUGUGUUUGUCAUCAAAACAGAUGACAGUCAGCUGUUUCUCUGAAGGAGAUGAAGUAGAGUUCAUUUUGUCUUUGGAUGAUAAGUUGUUGAUACAGCCUACAGCCAAUGGUAUAGAAAAAAACAGCAUUCCAAAUGUUAACAUCAACUUACCUGGUCAGCUGAUGGGAAACCUGACAUGUGUUGCUCAAAAUAAUGUCAGCAGAAAACAAACUAUCACCCAACUUACAAGCUGUACAGCUCCUGUGUCAGAGCCAGCUGUAUCUCAGAUGUGUCUGUCACCAAAACAGAUGACAGUCAGCUGCUCCUCUGAAGGAGAUGAAGUAGAGUUCACCUUGUUUUUGGAUGAUAACUUGUUGAUAAAAACCCAACCCAGCAUUGCAGAAAACCACAACAUUUCAAAUGUUACCAUCAGCUUACAUAGUCAACUGAUGGGACAGUUUAUGUGUAUUGUCCAAAACAACAUCAGCAGGGAACAAACCAUCAUCCACCUUACAGACUGUACAGCUUCAUCUGUGAGCGCAGAACAAGCGCUCACAAAGCAGCAGUUCGGGGAUGGCGUCUGUCGGACCACAGGAAAACCCGGACAUUUUUAUCAAUCUCGAAAAUCCCCCCAGACGCCCCUGACAUUUCUGGGGGAAAAGAGGACGGUUGGUCACCCUAGGUUUGAGAAAUUUAACAGUCUGCUGUAUUAA